GCCUUCACCUUAAUUAGCUGAAACACCACAAGUUCAAGUGACCUCCGUGUAAUUUGCAUUUUUAUCUGGCACCGUCCUUAGACCUACCCGAACCUCCCUUACGAAAACUAAAGUUGCCGCCUUUUACUCAAUCACGAUUUACCAGUUCUUGCGUACUUUGUUUUGUUUUUUUACUGACAAAAAGCUCCACGACUUUAACCUUAAACCUUAUCCUUGAGUUACUUAUCCCAGUAAAAACCCACCAUACUAAUCCCUACCUUGUCUCAUCCCGAUUGAAUUUCCGGCCAAACAACAUUAACAUACCCAGCUUACAAAACAAUUUGCUCUUAUCUACCUUGUUCUUACACGAUUCGAACGUUCGAAUUUUCUACGCCUCAAACAACAAUGUCCCGCGGCCAUCAAGUCGUGUGACCCGCCCACCUUUUCGUAAAACAACGCAGCACUCAUUUUAAUAAACCGGGAUAUUAAAAACACAAUGACGCAUUCCGUUUGACCUCAAUAUUCGAGUGUUAUUAUCCACAAACGUGAUUCAACAUUCUCCAAACCGAGGCUUGGGUUUCAUUAAAAAAUGACGUAGUGGGAAUCCGUGACCUACUAAACCUUUAUGUUACUAAUUUUGGCAAAAGGGUAUAAAAGGCCGAAAACACGGUAAGUUGAAUUCACUAAGAAUUUAUUUUGAACAACAAACACUUUUAGGAUUCACGUCUAACAAAAUAUACUAAAUUAAUAGACAUUGUAUUUUGAAUCUCUGCAGACUGUUUUGAAGUUUUUUAUCAAAGAGUUUUGAAGUUGAGCGCACAAUUUUUUAGUAGUCUGAAGGUUCUAAUAAAUCCAAAUGUUGAGCCAACUUUUCAACAUUGCCAUUUUAUUUUGGUUUUCAAGUUUCUCUACCUCGUCACCAAUCUCAUCUACCUCAGAAGACAUGGAGGUCACCUUGACCCUGCUCUCAGAGAGAUUCGACCCCAUGACCCGACACAAGCGGUCAGCUGACUCUAACUUACCAGACCAGCUUCUGUUUCACCUGCCUCUAAACCAGGAGCACGUCAAACUCCGGCUUGUGAGGACUGAGGCACUCAGAGUUAUAACCAGUGACCCGGAGAGCACUCACACAGCCAACCAGCUGCUCGAGGACACUGGCGUGUACACAGACCAACAACUCAAGUCAGCACUGAUUGUUGAGAGAAGGGGAGGCGACUACCAGCUGAUAGGAACAUUUGUUCACAAGAACAAGGAGUGGGACCUUGCACCCUCAGGUAGAAGCAAGAGAGACGUCCACACGAUAAAGCCAGUCAGGGUUCACAACGAGACCAUCUCAUUCGUUGGGGACGUGGUGGAAGACACUCAAGAGAGGCCAGAGGUAAACAAACGGAGACGUGUGGAUAAACCAGGCGCCAGUUCCAGACACAAGCGGGCACUGACCCAGCACAACAUCGAGGUCGCCAUGGUAGUGGACAACACGGACUACAGCAGGUUUGUCAGCUACUACGGCUCUACACAAGCGCUGGCUCAGAUGAGGCUCUGGUACACCUAUGUUGCUGCAGCGCUGAACAUCCGGUACCAGUCAAUCCAAGACACAGAAAUAGCAGUGAGCACAUCUGUUACAGUUCUCAAAAUAUUAACAAAUCCCACCGACGACAAAUUCAUCAAAGACAUCACCACAAGUGGUCAGUUCAGUGGCACCACAGGUCUCCAGGUCCUGGCCAACUGGUACCAGAACCAGACGGACAUUCCAGCAAGUGACCACUACAUGCUGUUUACAGGACUUGACAUUAUCGGGGCCUCCGGCAUCGCUUACAGCGCCAGAACGUGCACAAAGAACGGGGUGUCAAUCACAGAGAACAGCUUUACAGGCACUGUCUCAGGUGUGGCGGCCCACGAACUGGGUCACAGCCUGUCUGCCAUCCACGAUGCCGACACCCAGUCUGUGUGCUCUGACGCCAGCCAGAACAUCAUGGCCACCAUCUUCCGCUCGCCAGUUGACCCAGGGAACGAGGGCAACCCGUGGACCUUUUCGUCCUGUUCCAGGAGCGCCAUCAAGACCUACCUCAAGUCCGUGACGUGCACCCAGGUGACCUCGUCUAUCACCAACGCCCUCCCACCCCCAGUAGAGGGUCAACGACCCGGUGAGGUCCUGAGUCUGGACGACCAAUGCCGCCUUUCAUUCAGAGACACCUCCAGCUUCUACUGCAAGAACGUACAAGUGGCCUAUGGAGGAGAGGCCCAGCUGUGUGGUGGCAUGUACUGCAGCAUCCCUAACGACCCAGACGGCUACUGCCAGACAACCAUACCUCAGGAGUACUCACCUUGUGGCAGCUCUUAUUGGUGUGUUGCAGGCAAAUGCAUACUUAGAGUAAACUCAACUACGGCAGUACCUACAACUACAACCAUUCGAACCACGACUACAACAAAACCUACAACUACGACAGUACCAACUACAACUACAACAACUACAAGACCUACAACUACAGCAGUACCAACCACAACUACAACAGUACCAACCACAACUACAACAAAACCUACAACUACAGCAGUGCCAACUACAACUACAACAAAACCUACAACUACAGCAGUGCCAACCACAACUACGACAGUACCAACCACAACUACAACAAAGCCAACAACUACAGCAGUGCCAACCACAACUACGACAGUACCAACCACAACUACAACUACAACAAAGCCUACAACUACAGCAGUGCCAACCACAACUACAGCAGUACCAACCACAACUUCAACCAAACCUACAACUACAACAGCAUCCUACACAACAACUACAGUAGGCCUACCUUAUACAACUACAACAAAACCGACAACUACCGCAUACCCUACCACAACUACAUCAUCAACCACAACUACGAUAAAGCCCACAACCACUGCACUUCCAACUACCACACCAGUACCCACUACAGCCACAACAAAGCUUACAACUACAACAUCUUCAUCAACGGCGUCAACUAUCCCCUACACGACAUCACCUACUACAUCCUACACGACGGCCAGUGUGACAACCACACCGGCAGCUACAACCACGGUGACCCUACAGUCCAGUAAACCAUCGGGGCCCGUGAGUUUCCGUGAGUGCAACAUUUACCUGAGUAGAGGCAGCGCUAUUCUCUGGCUCUUCUGUAUCAGAAAUGUAUUCGAUUACCAGCAAGCUGAAACUAAGAAGCGACUUCAAACAGCAUUAGACACCUACUGGCAAUAUCAUGAAGACAAAUAGAGAAGACCACGAUUAUAAACAAGUAUCGAUACUAAGCAAGACAUGUUUAAGCUUAGCCAAUUAAAACUAGAUCGCUUAUAUUAAUUAAUUAAUUAAUUUGAUGAUUUUAAAUUUCAUUUGAAAGCUGUGGUACUAAGGAAAUCCAUUUCUUGUAAACUGUGACUUUGCUUUAAGCAAUACAACAAUGAAAUCCAGGUGCGGCAUCUAAUGUUUGAUUUAGUCGAUUACAAAAUUACUUGCACUCAUACGGUGGCAUCGAAUAUUUGUGUUGGUCGAUUACAAAUCAACGGGCGCUCAAGUACAUAGUUUUAACAUAUGCAUUUCAAAGGGCUGUUUAAAACGUAAUUUUGAACAUACUCCUAUACGACUUUAUAAACAUAAUUUUAAUGUUAGUUAUAUAAGAUUGUUAUCUUUUUACUAUGAGCCUUCAACCAAUAGGUAGCAUGUUAUUGAAUCGAUGCCACACAUGCAGUGAUGCUUCGGUUUACGAACUGUAUCCUUUUCAAGACCUUGUUCGUUCAAUUAAAUUAGCUUAGUGAGGAACAAAAAAAAUGUUUGAACUGCUAAUAUGAGAAAAUCAAAUUUGCACGCGAUGUUUUGUAGGUUUUAGAUGAAGCAGAACCGAACUGAUUGAAUAAGGGAAGGAAAAUUGUAAAACUCGACCCCCCUCUGUCCUCCCCCCCCCACCCAAUCCCCCAGCACAUUCUAUACACAGUUUGUACUACAGGUUUCCUAGUAGGUUUUUUAAAUUCAGAAACCCAACCAAAAAUUGGAUCGCCCAAAUUGUUUCCAUGUGUUCCUGGCAUUUCAAUAAAAAUUCUAGCCAUGCGUGAUUUGAGUAUGAAGAAAACAACUCAACUUUUGCUAGCGUAGAAAGAAAACAACUCAAUGUUGCUAGCGUAGAAAGAAAACAACUCAAUGUUGCUAGCGUAGAAAGAAAACAACUCAACUGUUGCUAGCGUAGAAAGAAAACAACUCAACUGUUGCUAGCGUAGAAAGAAAACAACUCAAUGUUGCUAGCGUAGAAAGAAAACAACUCAACUGUUGCUAGCGUAGAAAGAAAACAACUCAAUGUUGCUAGCGUAGAAAGAAAACAACUCAAUGUUGCUAGCGUAGAAAGAAAACAACUCAAUGUUGCUAGCGUAGAAAGAAAACAACUCAAUGUUGCUAGCGUUGACCAUGGUCGUCUUGUUAUGGGCAGGUGGGGUACGUUCGUUUCCAUACAAAUAAUGCAUACAUCAAAUGUAAAUAGUGACAUAAAGGUUGUUGCAUCAAGUCUCAUAAGGGUUUCUUUCAUUUAUUGGUUGUAACAUGUUUGUUUCAGAAUUAGUGAUUUAUUAUAUAGAUUGUUGAACCAUUUAUUUUUUUAAAU